AUGAGAUUGAUAACACCGUUCCUCCUCUGCCUCCUCAAUGCUCAGGCCGUCACGGUGACCCCUCACCCUUCAUCCAAUCUGCCAGCACAGAAUGUUGAAACAUGCUGGAAACUUCCAUAUCCGACAGAAUCACUUCGGGGAGGAGGUGACCUGGCCCAUGAAAACGGUGGAGCGGUUGCAGCGAACAAGGGAUCUGUUGGAAUCGAUCGCUAUCGUGGCAAACCUUGGUACGUCAUAGAAUGCUCCCACUGCCCUGUGCACAGGCACAACAGACCUCCAGAGAUGAACGAAACAGAAUGGGCUGAGCUGAAGAGAAUCAUUGAAAUCAGCGAUGAGAUCGAACGGCUGAAAGAAAACCUUACAGAUCUCCCGAACCAUCUGAGAGCAGAUGUAGAGAGAUUGAACGGGAUGAUUCGAAAUGGGACGAAGAUCAGGCCCGUGGAGGAAGAGCCCGUGAGGUCGAGGAGAUACCAACCAAGGUACCCUCGACAGAGGACCCUCUCGCCUGCUGAACGAGACGCCAUCUCUCGAGUACGCUCCAGUCACGGGACGGCCAACGAGCCUUGCCUGGAGGAGGUGUUCGAGGAUACAACGUACAGGCAGCGGUCGAAGACUCCGUCCUCAUACAGGAACUCUCGCGCGAGGGUCGUUGAGGUAGGAGGGGAGAGAUCUCGAUCGAAGAGCGAGAAUCCCUCCAACAUGGUUGAAGCCGUUUCAAGAGGAUGUGAAGACACGUUCUACAACAUGAGACAGUCCUUCCUUGACCCGGUCCCAUAUCCUCCCUACAUGCAAGAGCACCCAGAGAGCAUGCGAUCUGUACAGUUUGAGCCCAGUCCGCAAGAAAUCCAUCAUACAGAACAGGAGGGAAUGGUCUUGCAGAUGGAGCAAGCUCGGGUUGUGCAUGGUGUGUUGUCCAUGGACGAAGUAGAGCGAAAGUUGCUAGAGACAAACGCAGGGAAAGAAGCCAGGGCAGAGGAGGACAAAGCUUCCUCUACAUCUUCUGCUAGAGAGGUGCAAGGAGGAGCCUUCUGGCAUGAAGAGAUCGAACGUCGGAUCCUCGCAGGAACGCCGAGGAAGAGGACGGAAGUGGUAGAGGUGGAAGAGGACCAGACGUUCCAGAAGGGGACGAAAACACUGGAAGACGUGGAGAAGGAGUUGUUGAUGUCGAGAGGAAGAGGAUCGAGCAAGGUUGGUACGAAUCCUCAGCCUGGUGUGAAUGGAGCAGGGCAAGGGAUCAGGUCCCUCGGAGGAGAGGAAGGGGUUGGAGGAAGAGGAGGCCAGAAAGAAGAGAAUGCCAAGGUCCAGUUGAAGUCCAGGACGAGGCAAGUCGAGCAGGAGAUGAGGGCUGGCGAACCUCCGGUAGUCAAGACGCCAGUAAAGGACGACAAGUCGCAAGAUGGAAACUUGUUGAGCAAGGGAGACAGCAACCCAUGGAAGAUUCCACAGAAGCAAACCACCAUUACCAGUGAAUUUGCGGCUUCGUUUCCUACUCUCUCCGAGGCUGCAGAUUUCACCAAGAAGAGUGAGACGUUUAGACAUGGCCAUACAUUGAAUUAUGCGUAG